AUGGCUUACCGAAGACUUUCAGCAGCUGAGAAGGGAAGGGGUUUGAAAAUGGGGGAACUUCAACCUCCCCGCACAGCGCGUUUUGACUUGGAAUCAGACCUGCUGGCUGUGUUGGAGCAGAGACCAUACCAUUAUGCUAGAUGGCUGGUCAUUCUACAGAGGUGGGAACCGACUGUGUCCCCCACUUCCCCAUCUCUAAUUCCAUUUUGGAUUAAAGUCCAAGGCUUGCCCGUUCAUCUGUGGACGGAGGAGACGAUCGAAUGCAUUGGAAAGGAUAUAGGAAUACAUGAAAAAGCGGAAAUCACUAGGCUCUCAGCUAGGAUGUGUGUUCAUGUUAAUGGAUUGAUACCUUUGAUCACAACCUCUGUUGUUGAAUUUCCUAAUGGAGAUGAAGUCACUACUACGGUGGUCUAUGAACGCUUGGAUAAGCACUGCAUUAAGUGCUUACGAUUAGACCACGAGUUAAAGGAAUGCCUGGUGGCUAGAGUGGAAGCAAAGGCAUUGAAAGCUACCCGUGAAACUGAAGUUAAAGAAGGCAGACCCUCCCACAACUCAGCUCAGGAAUCUUAG